AUGGAGAAAGAAAGAGGACUGCUCGAAGCUGGGGUUGUGAACCAGCCACUGCCUUUAGAGAACGGAGAGGAGGAAACAUCAAGGAGAAGCGCUCUGACAAUCUUGGAUCCUAAGGAAACUGCUAACGCAGAGUCCUAUGAGAGACCCAUCAGGGUCGCUUUGGAGGAAGUGGUGACGGAGAAGCAGCCUGAAGUGGCUGAAGAGAAGAAGAAGAAGAAGAAGAUCAAAGAGAAGAAGGCUGAAGGAGAUGAGGAAGCCCAUUUAAUCAAGAAGAAGGAAAGGAGGACAGAUGAGAAGAAGGAACACAGACGGGAGGAGAGGCGCUUGAAGAAAGAGGAAGAGAGGAGAAAGAGGGCUGAGAGCCCAGAACUGGACGAAGAAUCCACCUCCGUAAGGGGGGAUAAGAGGGAGUCAGCGCAACUGAGAGAAUCAGUGUAA